AUGGCGAAUCGGUGGUGGGCUGGGAAUGUGGGAAUGAUAAGAGAGCAAGAGUUGAUGGAGAACAAUAACAAGGCGAAUACUACUCCGACCAAUAGCAGCAACAGCAACACCAACGCCAACACCAACACGACUGAGGAAGAGGUCAGCAGGGACAACGGAGACGACCAGAACCAGAACCUCGGAAACCACGAAGGUUCAGAGCCCGGAAGCAGCGGUCGGAGGCCUCGUGGCAGGCCUCCCGGGUCAAAGAACAAGCCCAAGCCGCCGAUCGUCAUUACCAAAGAAAGCCCCAACGCUCUCCGAAGCCACGUGCUGGAAAUCGCCAGCGGAAGCGACGUGUCCGAGAGCAUCGCCGCCUUUGCCAACCGCCGCCACCGCGGCGUGUCGGUCCUCAGCGGCAGCGGCAUUGUCACCAACGUCACUCUCCGCCAACCCGCUGCGCCCGCCGGUGUCAUCACCCUCCACGGAAGAUUUGAGAUUCUCUCCCUCUCAGGGGCGUUUUUGCCCUCCCCUUCGCCGCCAGGCGCCACCGGACUCUCCGUCUAUUUGGCCGGUGGGCAGGGACAGGUUGUCGGAGGCACCGUUGCGGGUUCUUUAGUGGCCUCCGGGCCGGUGAUGGUGAUCGCCGCCACAUUCGCUAAUGCUACCUAUGAGAGGCUGCCACUGGAGGAUGAACAAGGUGAAGAGGAAAUGCAAGUGCAACAGCAGCAGCAGCAGCAACAGCAAUCUCAGGGUUUAGGUGAACAAGUUUCAAUGCCUAUGUAUAAUUUGCCUCCUAAUUUGCUACACAAUGGUCAGAACAUGCCUCAUGAUGUGUUUUGGGGAGCUGCUCCGCCUCGUCCUCCACCUUCCUUCUGA